UGGGCUCGGCAAGUUUUAUCGUUAAAAAGGAGCAACCAGGAGGGCGACAGAGCGGAGCAGGUCUGAAUCGACAAAUUGGGAGCGAGAAACGGGGGGAACAGAGUUAGUUGGAUACAUGAGACGGUGUGACACGGUGACGGAAAUUUACAAAAAAAUCAUUCAGGGAUUUAUAUUUGCUGACAGACCAAGUGGCUGCGGUUGAACCUGUCUGCUGAGGAGUGACUCGGACUCAACGUUAUCAGGAGCGGCCAGCUGCAGCCUAUCUAAAGAUGUCUGAUAAUGGGGAGGUCGAGGACAAGCCUCCAGCUCCUCCCAUGAGGAACACCAGCACCAUGAUCGGCUCCUGCAACAAGGACCCCACGCCCCUGAACCACGGCUCCAAGCCGCUGCCGCCCAACCCGGAGGACAAGAAGAAGAAAGACCGCUCCAUCCGAUUCAUCCUCACCGGGAGCGAUAAGACCUAUAAGAAGAAGGAACGUCCUGAGAUUUCUCUGCCGUCAGACUUUGAGCACACCAUCCACGUCGGUUUCGAUGCUGUUACUGGGGAGUUUACUGGCAUGCCAGAGCAAUGGGCCCGGCUGCUCCAGACAUCCAACAUCACCAAACUGGAGCAGAAGAAGAAUCCUCAGGCCGUCCUCGACGUCUUAAAGUUCUACGACUCGAAGGAAACAGCCAACAGCCAGAAAUACAUGAGUUUCACAGAUAAAACUGCAGACGCCUUCAAUUCCUCCAUUGUAACGAGCUCCAAGGUGGUGUCGGAGACGCCCGCCAUAGCAACUGUGUCCGAGGAUGAAGACGAAGAUGAGGCCGAGCCCCCGCCGGUGAUCGCCCCCCGCCCUGAGCACACCAAAUCGAUUUACACGCGCUCAGUGAUCGAGCCGCUCCCCCCUCCUUCCACCAAAGAUGCAGCCACUUCCCCCAUCAUCCCACCGACCGCUGCCGCCGUUACCCCCGCCCCACCUGCAGAGGCGGCUCCCGGCAGCCCCCCCAGUGCAAGCCCCGCCCCCGGCCCGUCUCUGCCCCGCGCACAAGAUAAAAGCAAGAAGAAGAAGAUGUCUGACGAGGAGAUCCUGGAGAAACUACAUGUGCUCAGGUCUCCCUCUGCUGGGACAAUUGUUAGCGUGGGAGAUCCCAAGAAGAAAUAUACCCGGUUUGAAAAAAUAGGACAGGGAGCCUCUGGUACGGUGUACACAGCUAUAGACAUUGCAACAGGACAAGAGGUUGCCAUUAAACAGAUGAACCUGCAGCAGCAGCCAAAGAAAGAGCUGAUCAUCAACGAGAUUCUGGUGAUGAGGGAAAACAAGAACCCAAACAUUGUCAACUACCUGGACAGCUACCUGGUCGGCGAUGAGCUGUGGGUGGUGAUGGAGUACCUGGCCGGAGGUUCGCUGACCGACGUCGUGACGGAGACCUGCAUGGAUGAAGCUCAGAUUGCUGCUGUGUGCAGAGAGUGUCUGCAGGCGUUGGAGUUCCUCCACUCGAACCAGGUCAUCCAUCGAGACAUCAAGAGCGACAACAUCCUGCUGGGCAUGGACGGCUCCGUGAAGCUCACCGACUUUGGAUUCUGCGCCCAGAUCACUCCGGAGCAGAGUAAGCGCAGCACCAUGGUGGGGACUCCUUACUGGAUGGCUCCGGAGGUCGUGACCCGGAAGGCUUAUGGACCCAAAGUGGACAUCUGGUCCCUGGGCAUCAUGGCCAUCGAGAUGGUGGAGGGGGAGCCGCCGUAUCUGAACGAGAAUCCCCUCAGGGCGCUGUACCUCAUAGCAACCAACGGGACGCCGGAGCUGCAGAACCCAGAGAAACUGUCAACAAUAUUCAGAGACUUUCUGAACCGAUGUCUGGAGAUGGAUGUGGAGAAACGAGGAUCCGCUAAGGAACUACUGCAGCACCAGUUCCUGAAGAUGGCGAAGCCUCUGUCCAGCCUCACUCCUCUCAUUCUGGCAGCCAAGGAGGCGGCAAAGAACAACCGCUAACUAACCGCCGCUGCUCUCGUUGUGAGUCUGAGGCCGCCGGCCCGGUUACAAAACCCUCAGAAGGACUUGAGUCGUUCUCCUUCUCCUCCUCUGAGUGUUUUCUACCUCGGAGCUGCUUUAUUUGCCCCCUCUCCUUCCACCCCAACCGCCUCGCAGAGAGGAAAAGCCCCUAAACACUCCACCGGACCCGGGCGGAGGGACCGAGGGACGUCUCCAGAGCCCAAAGGCGCCGGCUCGUUUUUAUUGUUUUUAAAUCAGGACCACAUCGUCGGACGUUUUUUAUUUUGUUUUGGAAGCGAUUCCUUUUCCUGUUCUUUUUUUUAUGAAUCGAUUUUAGUUGUUGCGUGUUUGUCACCGUGGAGCGUUGGGAUUUUAAUCAUGUGGAUCGUAGCGUCGCCCUGUGGGGAGCCGGUCGGUACUUUGUUAAUGAAACAUUGGUUUGCCCAGAGCCAUGGAUGGACGAGGUCCAACAUAAAACCGGAUCAUCAUCUUUCCUUGGAGCACCAAAACCACAGGCUGCUCCUCAACAACUUUACGCUACGUUCAGAUAUUAAUUCUAUGGUUUUAAUUCGUAAAUUAUCUUUUUAUUUGUCAUCUCACAUGUAGUUGCUGUUUAAAGUAUUCUGGAUUUCUUCUAUUUUUGCUUUUUUGUCACUACAAAAUGUUUCAAACCAUCAAACCGUUUUUAAUAUUAGACACUGAUGAACACAAAAAGCAAUUCAAGAAAUAAAACCAGAGUUAGUAAUAAUCAGAUUUGGUUAGAAACUAGUUACUUUUACUUCGUUACAUUUACCCAAGAAACUUUUUUGAAAAAAGAAAUAGUUUUUCUGUACUUUUUUCUUGAGUUUCUCUAGAAAGACUAUUUCUACUCUUAUUAAAAUGUCUGGAUUUUCUACCCACUGAAUUAAAAACAAACACGUUUUGACCAAAAAUCCACCAGACUCACACACCUACAGUUUUUGUUAAAGUUUUCUAAGUUUUGUAUUGAAAGAAACUGAUUUGGAAAAAACGAUUUCCCCUGAAAUGUUACUUUUUUGUUGUUCAGAUGAAUUAUUGUCAUUUUCGCCCAUAAAAUACCAAAUUUUCCACUUAACUCAAAAUUUUGGUUCGUCUGAUGAUGUAAUUUUUAAAUAUUAAGUGAUUGGUAACUAAAGUACUAAGAAAUUGGUCAAAUUAUCAAAUACUUUUUUAUUUGAGUAAGAAUAUGUUAAACUAAUGCUACUCUGGUAUGCUACUCUUACUAGAGUACACAUUUUGGGUGCGCUCCCCGCCUCUGCUAAUAACUGGAAAUCAGUAUUUUCAGAAUUUUGAGAGCCACAUUAGGCCACGCCUCUUUGUGCAUCUUGGCUCCGCCCACUUUGCUGGAACUUUCCAGAAAUUGUCUGGAGGUGGGGCUAGUUAUAUUAGCUUCUUUCACAUAGAGGCCAGGUUGGUUUGCAUUGUUUUGUUUUCUGUUAUCAAAUAAAAUAAUAAUUUGAAAACUGAAUUCAGUUCUGAUCUGAAACAGAAGUGUGACAAAAAGACUGAAGAAAUCUGCGAGGGGGCAAAUACUUUCUCACUGAUCCGUAGAUAGAGCUGUAGCAUUAAAAAAGUGUGUGUUUAUUUUAUUUUAUCAUGUCUGUAAAAGAGGAACUGUCCAUCUGUGGCUCUGGGCGUCGGUUUGGGGCUCUGGGAGAAAUGUGCAUGAGAACCACCUUUUCUUUGUUUUUAUACGGUACGUUUUAGUAAGAAGUGAUAAAUGAGCGUAGCGACGAUUAAUGAAGGAUGCUUGUGUACGAUAGUAGAGAUCAUAUCUGAAUCCUAUUUUCAGAAGACGAAUAAAUGUCGUUUUUCAGCCCGGAGGAACCCUGUGAACAUGAGGUGUAUAUUUUACAUGCAAGAAGAAAAAACCCGUUCCACCUUUUGUUUACAGACCAUUUUUUAUAUAUAUUGAUCAGAUCAUUACACGUUUAUAAUGUCUGGAUAAGAAGUUGAGCAUCAGAGAAUAUUAAAAACUCUGCAAACAUCUCCUAAACAUUUAUCCACAACUGUCUCUGACUUUAUGAUUUCUUUCUUUUUUUAAUAGUUUUUUUUAGGUACUUCUGGCCUUAAACUGUUUCAAAGGCUUAAGACUUGUUUUAUCGUCUGAUGGAAGUGACGCGCUGCAGCAUUUUCAGUCGAAACGCCACUUCAUUUGAACACAACUCAAAUAAAGUGGAUAUUUCGAUGCAGCAAAUAAGCAAGUGCAACAAAAUGUAAACAUUAUCCGCUGUGCAUCAGAAAAACGGGCGAAGGUUUACUCAUUUAAUGUUGAACGACUGGCUGAAAGUGUUGCAGUUGUGUUGUUGUGUCCAGGUCUGAAUCCCCAUAAAGCUCAAUAAAAAGGGCUAUUCUGUAGUUUUCCAUAUUUAGUUUGAAACCAAGAGUCAUGAUGCAGGAGCUGCCUGUCGAAAACACAAACUCUGCAAAAACACAAAAUCGUACCAAGUAUUUUUUAAUCUGGUGCAAAUAUCUUAAUGUACUCGAAAUAAGAGGAAACUAACUUACAAGUUAUUUGUAAGCAAGAUAUAAGAGCCAGUUUUAAAUUCAUUUCUUAAUAUUGAUGGAAAAAGUACUGUUUCUAUUAGCAGAUUAUUUCACUAUUAAUAUGGGGAACAUGUCUCAUUAUAGAUUAAAUAGCGUAUUACAGUCAGCAUAGAUAGGAAAAAAGAGAACAUCUCUGCCAAAAUAUCUUACAAAUUUUCUUGAAAAAUCUCAGAAUUUUCUGAGUUUGAAAAUUUGCUUGGAAAAAAAAAACAAUUCUAAAUUUAAUCUCAGGAAUUUGAGAAAAAAAAUUUGACAAACCCCGGCAUGCUGUCAGUCAGCUGGGUUUCCAAACAUCUUUUAUACAUUUAUUUUAAUAAAGCACAAUUGUUUUUAUGAUUUAUUUCACUUUUGAUUCUGAGACAUAAACAACAAUUGUGUCUUUUCUCAAGGUUUUAUAUUUCCAAGCAACCAUUUGCAGGUCCAGUCUGAGCAGAUUAAUCUUCAGUGCAAAUAACCAUGAAUGUGUUUCAGUGACUUAAUGGCUUUAUAAAAUGAUGUUCAACCUGCUUAUGAGUUGAAAAAUAUUGACAUUUUUCAGCGCCAGUGAGAUUAACUGAUAAGUUCAGCAGACUGAAAGAAAUUCAUUUCAUAUGAAUCCAAAAUGGAAGUUUUCAAAAAUUUCUUCAAAUCUACGAAAGAUGCUGACUGCUUAUGACGCUCCAGAUAACCCCACUUUUCAAAAAAUAAAACAGGACUAUCCUCUGAGUCAGAGGUGUCCAGACCUUUAGCACAAAAUCACCAAAGUUGAAAGCACACAGCGGCUACAAUUUUAGAUUUUUUUUUUAAAUUUCAUUUAAAAAUGUAAAAAAAAAUUUACAUUUUCAAAUUUAUAUCAUAUAAUACAGAAAUAUAACAGCAUAACUAAAAUAAUACAGUGUCAGAUAAUUAUUUUCUUUUUAUCUGCUGAGCAACAAAUUAACAUGAUUUUAUUUAAAAUGUCUGAAAAAGUGUCUCAAAGUUGUACAGUUUCAAAACUUGUAGGUGAAGAAAUCAAUUUUAGUUUAUUCCAGCAACAAAAAUGAGAAUUGAAAGCUGAACUGCAUUUAGCCCAUUUUAAUUAUUGGGUGCAAUAAAGUGUGUUUUUGAGUAAAAAGUGCCGACAUGUCACCUGAUGUAUAAAAUUAUAACACUAAUGCACAAAAGAAUAGCACUAAUCCACAAACCAAUAGCACUAGUAAUGUCAGGAACUGUCCACACAACAGCGCCACCUGUUGGAAAUCUUCAUGAUAAUCUUCAUCAAUGAGUUUUGCACAACAGCAGCAGCUUUGAUGGGGAUUCAGACUCGUUAAGAUGGCAAUGAGAAAAUCAAACAAAGUCUCCAAUCUUUACUGUAUCAGAGCCAUAAUUUAUCUGUCUGUAGAAAUUGUUUUUGAUUUUUUUCAAGACAACCGAAGAGGAACAAAUAAAACGGUACAAAAUACUGAACAA